UCAGCAAAAUGUGGAAGCUGAAGACUAAAACAAUACCUACGUCAGACGUCAGAGGUGCCAGUAAAAUGGAUUACACAUCAGAACAAACUGUGGUAACAGAUGAGUGGGAAUUAGACCCAAGCCUACUUCGAUUCAGCACACCUCUUGGACAGGGGGCAUUCGGUAAAGUGGUCACUGGUUAUUAUGCUCAAAGGAAGGUCGCCAUCAAAGUUGUAAAAGACAGCGCCCCUCUUUCUUAUAAAGAAGAUCUUUUGGAUGAGUUGAACCUCAUGAAAAGAAUAGGCAUCCAUCCUAACAUUGUGUCUAUGGUAGGAGCCUGCACACAAAAGGAACCAAUUGCCCUUGUCAUGGAAUAUGUACCGUACGGCAAUUUACACAACUUCUUAAGGAAGUGCAGAUCUGAAGGAGAGGUACGGUUACGAAAUGGUACCUCGGAGUUAAACUACUCAGUUAUGGACAAGAAUGGUCAAAUUGAAAAUGGAAUAAUAACUCCAGUGGAUAUAUUGUCAUUCGCCCGACAGAUAUCUAUGGCAAUGGAAUACAUGGCCGAAAAUAAAUAUGUCCAUCGUGACUUAGCGGCUCGUAACGUCCUUCUCGAUUGUGGCAAAGUGGUCAAAGUCUGUGAUUUUGGCUUAUCGCGUGACAUUUACAAGGAUAACCAAUACCAGAAACUAACCAACGGGAAACUUCCCAUCAAAUGGAUGGCAAUUGAAUCACUUCGAGAUAGAAUCUUCACGACGCAAAGCGACGUCUGGUCGUUUGGAAUCCUUCUCUGGGAAAUUGUCUCAUUGGGUGCAUCUCCUUAUCCGUCCAUUGCUCUGGCUGACCUCUAUCAUGUGUUGUGCAGUGGUUAUCGUAUGGAAAAGACCAGUAACUGUUCAGAGGAGUUGUAUCGGAUUAUGCGGUUAUGCUGGGCAGAAAAUCCUCAAAAACGACCGACAUUCACACAACUACGUCACCUACUGGAGUAUUUACUAUCCAAAGACUGUAACUAUUUGGAACUGGACAAUAUCAAUGUGCCUUUAGCAGCUUCAGAAAACAGCAGUCCACCUCAGUCUUUUGAAAUCGAUUUAGCCCCACCCCUACCUGAAAGACGUCAAAUCCCCGAAAUACCAGCAGACACCUCCCCAGAAGAGCUGUCAACAGAAUUUCUCAUCAGACGUGUGUACUCACAAUAAGACAUAUGUUGUUACGAAGCCUGAGACAAUGGAAUGUAUCCAUUAUUUCCACUGGGUUUGAUCUAAAUAACUGCCAAGAACAAAGGAGGAAAAAAAGACAGAAAAUUACAGAAAAAAAAAAACGAAAAUUGCAAUUCAUAAUACACGAUUCUUUCAUUUUUUUUUUCUCACUCAAAAGAAAAACGGGACAAAUUGGUUUAUUCUACAAAGCAAAACAGAAACAAACAAAAACAAAAAAUUAAAACAAUGGUAAAACGGGAAUCUCUUGUUAUUUCCCCAUGUGCGCACGAUUAUACAUACAUACUAUACACACACACACACACACACACACACAUAUAUAUAUAUAUAUACAGACAUAUACACAUAUACAUGUAUAGAAGUAUAAAAUAUGUGUAUGUAUAUAUGUACGCAUGUAUAUAUCUGUGUGUGUAUAUAUAUAUUAUACGUGUGUGUGUGUGUGUGUGUGUGUGUGUGUGUGUGUGUGUGUGUGUACAUGCACACGCGCGCACAUUGUUGCAGAAAAGGGAAGAAACGUACUCAAUACAUGAUGUGAAGUUAGUAUCUCGAAUGUAUCUCCAAGUUGCCUAUUUAAACUCAGGUGACGUAGAAUGAAGUGAACCACCAGCUGAUUCAACACAUACAUGCAUACAUACAUACAUACAUACAUACAUACAUACAUACAUACAUACAUACAUACAUACAGACAGACAGACAGACAGACAGACAGACAUAUAUAUAUAUAAUUCCAUACCGGAUUUUACAGAUUUGCCAAAGCUACAUUUAUUGGCACGCACGAUUAUACGUAAAUAUAGGCAUGUAACACACACACACACACACACACACACACAACACACACACACACAACACACACACACACACAACACACACACAUACACACGUACGCGUAAACUACAUGAAACGAAAUCUGUUCAGUUGUUUCCAACAAUUGACAGAAAUCCAAUUCUCCGAUUUUUCGAAAUUAUUUUUCCUCAUUUAUCAUCAUUAAUUAUUGACAGCGAUAACAACACCAACACCAUCAAUAAUAAUAAUAAUAUAAUAAUAAUAAUGAUAAUGAUAACAGCAGUGAUUAUUCCAACAUAACCUCAUUCCCAGUGAAACCAACAAAACAGAACAAUUAGUUUCUCCCACAUUAUUUAAAUUAUAUUGUUGUUAAUUACAUUUCUUAAUUAAUUACAUCUUAAUUCUAUGUACACUCUACAUACCCGGAUAUAUAUAUUUUUAUUAUAUAUAUAUACAUUUUAUAUUUCGGUGAUGUAGAAAAAGACAGUUCUUUAUUUUUUUUUUUUUCAUUUUUUUUUUUCAAGAGAAGAUAGAAAAAUAUUCUCUACGUAAAUUUUUUUUUUUUUUAAUUUUCGUAUCAUGUGUUCUAUGUGUACCGAAAUACGGCAAAAGAAAUACUACAAAGGUGAUCCCCUCUCCCAUAGCCCUAUCGCGGACAUUAGAGACGAGAACGAAACCAAAAAUUAAUUAAUUAUCAAAUAAAUACCAACAAAGUAAACAAAACAGAAAGAGAUUUUUAAAAAUCCAAAAUGGACGAGCCGAGAACUGACUUGCCCCCUUACACUCUGACACCAUUUCAUGGCUUCUUAGACAUCUUAUUACCACAUGGUUCUAUAGAUUAUGUCCUUACCUUGGCUAUUUGUACACGAUCUCUACCCACGGUAUUAGAUAGAGAUCUUAAGGUUCUUUGUACAAUAAGAUCUUAAUAAGAUCAUAGCAUUUUAUGACCUUUCUACAUUAUGAUCUUUCUGUAGUUCGUUCUUGAGUGUAUGAUCUUACAUUAGCUCUUUGUACAAGGCGAUCUUAACCACAGUACUAUAUAGUACAGAUAGCUUUGUACUUACUCGUAAUGAUCCUACCGUAGCUCUUUACAAUGUAUGAAUUUCCCACAGUUCUAUGUAAAGCUAUCUCAGCACAAACUUUUGUACACUACGGUCCGGCUGUAGUUCUUAAUACGGUAUGACCUUAAUAACGGUCUUCGCAAAACAUGAUCUUAGCACUGGUAUGUGUACAGCAUGAUCUUAUCACAGUUCUUUGUACUUCAUGAUUUUACCGUAUAGCAAGAACUUACCACAGAUAUUUAUGGAAUAUGAUUUUUUUAAUACUGA